CGGUACCGGGGCGAUGGCGGGGCCGGUGCUGGCGGCGGCGGGGCUGUGGGCUCGGGGGGCGGCGGGCGGAGAGGUGGCGGCGGCGCGUCCCGGGGCGCUGGAGGAGGAGAUCGUGUCGGAGAAGGCGGCGGAGGAGAGCCACCGGCAGGACAGCGCCAACCUGCUCAUCUUCAUCCUCCUGCUCACCCUCACCAUCCUCACCAUCUGGCUCUUCAAGCACCGCCGCGCCCGCUUCCUCCACGAGACCGGGCUCGCCAUGAUCUACGGGGUCCUGGUCGGUGUGGUCCUGCGCUACGGCAUCCACGUCCCCAGAGACAUCAACAACGUGACGCUGAGCUGCCAAGUGCAGACCAGUCCCGCUACGCUGCUGGUGAACGUCAGCGGGAAGUACUACGAGUAUACCCUGAAGGGGGAAAUCAGCGCCCAGGAGCUCAAUAAUGUCCAGGACAAUGAAAUGCUGAGAAAGGUGACUUUUGACCCUGAAGUAUUUUUCAACAUUUUGCUUCCUCCAAUUAUAUUCUAUGCAGGCUACAGCUUGAAAAGGAGGCACUUCUUCAGAAACUUGGGAUCCAUCCUAGCGUACGCUUUUCUGGGCACUGCCAUUUCUUGCCUGGUGAUCGGCUCUGUUGUGUAUGGCUGCGUGGCGCUGAUGAAAGUCACUGGGCAGCUCGGGGGAGACUUCUACUUCACUGACUGCCUCCUCUUCGGGGCCAUUGUAUCGGCUACUGACCCAGUGACUGUUCUUGCCAUAUUCCAUGAACUCCAGGUUGAUGUUGAGCUGUAUGCCCUUCUCUUUGGCGAAAGCGUCCUCAAUGAUGCCGUUGCCAUAGUGCUGUCUUCUUCAAUUGUGGCAUACCAGCCAGCGGGCGACAACAGCCACACAUUUGAUGUCACAGCAAUGUUCAAGUCCAUCGGGAUCUUCCUGGGGAUAUUCAGUGGAUCUUUUGCCAUGGGAGCAGCUACUGGAGUUGUGACAGCUUUAGUUACCAAGUUCACUAAACUCCGGGAGUUCCCGUUGCUGGAGACCGGCUUGUUCUUCCUGAUGUCCUGGAGCACGUUUCUGCUGGCCGAAGCGUGUGGCUUUACAGGUGUGGUGGCCGUGCUCUUCUGCGGGAUCACGCAGGCCCAUUAUACCUAUAACAACUUAUCUACAGAGUCCCAACACAGAACUAAGCAGCUGUUUGAGCUUCUGAAUUUCUUGGCAGAAAACUUCAUCUUCUCCUACAUGGGACUUGCUCUGUUCACCUUCCAGAACCACGUCUUUAACCCUACCUUUGUGGUGGGGGCUUUCCUUGCUAUCUUCCUAGGAAGAGCUGCCAAUAUUUACCCACUGUCAUUUUUACUGAAUUUGGGGAGAAGGAAUAAGAUUGGAACAAAUUUACAGCAUAUGAUGAUGUUUGCUGGGCUGCGAGGAGCCAUGGCAUUCGCCUUGGCCAUCCGCGACACGGCCACCUACGCCCGGCAGAUGAUGUUCAGCACGACACUCCUCAUUGUCUUCUUCACGGUGUGGGUUUUUGGUGGGGGCACCACAGCCAUGCUGUCCUGCCUGAAUAUCCGAGUCGGCGUGGACGCGGAUCAGGAGAACGUGGGUGUCCCAGAGAGCGAGAGGAGGAGUACGAAGGCAGAAAGCGCCUGGCUCUUCCGCAUGUGGUACAACUUCGAUCACAACUAUCUAAAGCCCCUGCUGACGCACAGCGGUCCUCCUCUGACGACCACGCUCCCGGGGUGCUGUGGGCCUAUUGCCCGGUGCCUGACGAGUCCACAGGCAUACGAAAAUCAAGAGCAGCUGAAGGACGAUGACUCCGACCUCAUUUUGAACGAUGGGGACAUCAGUCUGACCUACGGGGAUUCCACCGUCAACACCGACUCCGUGGCGUCCAGUGGCACGUCGCGGCGGUUCGUGGGGAACAGCUCCGAAGAUGCCCUCGAUCGGGAGCUUGCUUUUGGGGACCAUGAACUCGUCAUCCGGGGAACGCGCCUGGUCCUUCCCAUGGACGAUUCAGAGCCACCGUCAAAUGUCCUGGAUAAUGCAAGACACGGUCCAGCAUAAGGUUGCCUGGUUUAAUUGACAGUAGUAUUUGCAUAUAUGAUCAAGAAAUAUGUACUACCUAAAGUCUAAUGCAUGUCUCAAAAUGUCUAAGCUGUAUAAAUAUUAUUUAUAUGGUGUCAGAAGAAUAUAAAUAUUCUCUGCCAAGCACUUGUAAAGAACAAGUUGCAAAUUUAAGUUAAAAACUGUGUUGACUGCACUAUGUAGGGUGGAACUGUUUUAGCGUAAGAGUCUUUUGCACACAGUGAGCUUAUUUAAUGUGUGAUUCGGCGAAGGGUUUAGUUCCCAGCGGGGCAGGUAAAGAAGCUGACUCCCUGUUCAUCCCUUGAGCCUGGGAGAGGAGGGUAGGGAGGUGCUGGUGAGCACUGGAAAUCGCUUUCUAUUCAGAUGAGGAUUGUUUAUUUUUUUUGGUCUCUGACCUUUGGAUAGCCACAUUUGAAAUCUCAGCGAAAGAGACUGCCCAUGGCCCCUCUCGCCGGGCAGCGGCCGGUGAUAAACUUGUUCGCUUUGUGGGAAACCUGAGCUGGGAGCUGGAGAUUUUCUGCUUUUUCGUGCCCCUCUGCCCAAGCCCUACUUUAGCAGGUUCAGGGCAGGCACCAGGAAAAGCCGACAGCCAGGACUCUGGCCGACCUUAAACACGAGCUUUAUGGCUACAGAUUGACACGGUACCUCCGGGCCUCUCCAGAGGCUCCCAGCAUCCAGGUGGUACUGAAGGGGAGUUGUCCGUCCGUCCAUCUGUCCUCCUGUAUAGUCAAAAAAUCAUUGCACUUUGUUUAAUAACUCUGUAGCAUGCUGUGUGUCUGUAAUCCCCGCCCCAUCUCUCCUGUGUCUCUUACCAUUUAAUGAGAAAUGUUUGCGAGUUCAUUAUUUUUAUAGUAGGUUUGUUGGGUUUUUUAAUGUUUUUUUUUAUUUUUUCUUUUCCAAGGAAGAGCACAGAACAAUUUGUGAUUUCACACUAGUGUUAAAGGAUUUACUCUGUAGUUAGGAGAAUGGCUAAAAGUGCAGUGAAAUUGUUAACCCUGACAUCCUUCUUUUUCUCCUGAAAAGGGUGAAUCACAGAAAUUCACUGUAUGUAAUUUUAUUGUCUAUUUUAGCUGCCGUUUUGCUAUAAAAACUCUUCAGGGUUAUCUGUGCACUACAGGCCCCUUUCUGGAGUUAACCCUCUCCAGAGGGCUUAAACAGAGGUGUUUUAAAAGAGAAUAUAUGAAAAUGAGAUGUGAGUCUGAGUACUCACGACUCCCUUUAUCUUUCCUUGGAACAAACUCUGCAUCUCUCGGGAUCUGAGCCUGAGGUCUCAGAGCGAUGUCCCCAUGGCUGUUUUCCCCAGGAAAUACCAAAAUUUUGAGUGUAUAUGUAUAGUUGAGAAAAUAAUUUUUUUUUUUUAAUUUUCUCAGGUCUAAGUAACAUAGCCUUAAAUUCACGGAUGUGAAACUAAUUAUUUUGGCAGUUUAUCCCCAAGAAAAUGCUUUCUUUUUCCUUCUGAACAAAAUGUCUAAGUGUUGCCAUAGGACUCCUCUAGAAGGGGGGUAAUGCUCUGUUUAUAUUUAGAUAGGGCAUCUUCCUUGCACCAGUAAAUGGCAGUCUCGCUGUUAACAUAGCUGUUGGAUUAGCGCUAGCCUCUUUGUUUCCUGCUAUGCAGGAAUUCCAUAAAGUGUGCGUUUUAUAUGAUGUCUGUAACUUCAUGUGUUUAAAAAAAAAACAAAAACAAAAAAGAAAAAAAAUACGUUAGGUACCUGUUGACUUUAGGUUUUACUGCAUCACUUCCACACCCUGUUUUACGUCGUUUUGCCUUUUUGAAGAGGUCUGAUAAAUAAUUACCUCUUGUUUUUUCCUGUCUAAUCUGACUAUGAAUUCAAUUUACAAAGCUGGCCUUGUUGCAGCAGGAGGGCAGAACGGUUCUGCCCUCCUCCCUGACAGCCCAUGGUCCCCUCGGUCCCCUGCACUGGCGCAGCAUCAGGGCAGCGCAGGGCUCCCUCCCAAGCCAUCCCCAGCCCUCCCAGGGGCGAGUGUCACUGGGGUGGCCACAGCAUCAUGUUUUACCAUAACUGCAGUAGCAUUCCUCUCUUCCUCUGACCCUUCGACUUCAAUUUAUCCACUCUCUUUAAGCUUGCCAACAUGUUACCAUAAGCCUCAGCUUUUGACACCAGUGACAGUUCAGUUAGUGCAUUAAAGAAAAAAAAAAAGGUAACAAAUGAUGAUUUUAUGAGUUACCUGUGAACUCUUAUGAUCCAUACAUAAUAAAGCCAGGACUGUUUUGAAUAGUCUUGGUGAAUGAAUUCUAGGCGGAAAUUCAGGAGUGAUUUGAUGAGCGACUCACAUUCAUCCUCAGCUGAUUAUUUCCUUUGUCCUGCUGCAGCAGAGAAUGUGCUAGAGGCAGAGCCCUGAUGGCUUGUGUGCUGCAGAUGAAGUUAAGGAUAUCUUAAGGAUACCCUGAGACCUUUUGCCAAAUAGAUAAGACAGCCCCGAGGAGGCAGUUUACAGCCCCCAUGAGAUUUAGAGAAGGUGCCCUGCUUCUGUAAAUUGAAUUUUCAUGGUUUUUGCACAUGAAAAAGCAUUGUAGGUAAAGAUGAUUUGUACUAAUACUGUUGAUUUGUGUAGUAAUGGCAUUAACUCCGUAGUUGUGGUGUUUGUGCAGCUGAUCUGUGAUAGCUGAUGAUCACUAUUGGACCUUCUGUUUACACUGACUAAAUCCUUUACUGUUGCGUUGUACUGUGAAAGAAGGAUUAUGGGCCUAUAAUUUUUUUUUUUUUCUGGAAUUGUGUGUACCGUUUCAUUAAUUCACAUGGAAAUAAAUCUGUAGCAAAGUGACGACGUGC